AUGCAGUACCUCCUGGAGUGGCAGUGGGAGCAAGGAGGAACACUGCUGAUGCAGCAGGCUGAAAAUACGGAUGUUGUUACUCUGCUCAACUGUCUGCAUCAACUGAAGACAGAAAACGACACUCUCGAAGCAAAGUUGCUGCGUUUGCAGUCGAAACGUGAACACCUGAAGUCUGUCAAUGCCCGCCUCUCAGCCUCCCUCACCACCCUGGAGGGUAUGACGCAUACUGACUACGGCGCUGCUUUGAGCGCAGAUGUUCCCGUUUCUCCUAUGCUCGCCAUACCAUCCGUGUUACCCUCCACAGUCCCUGCCUCCUCCAAGCGACCGGGUUCUCUGCUGACACAUCCAGAUUCCCUGAAGAAGAUGCCUUUGCAGGCACAAACACCUCGUGUUCCUGCAGUCACUUCGACGUCUCCGAGUAUCUGUUCUUCCUAUCGCCCCCUUUUUCCCGCUACCUGUGCUACACGGAGGUCCCCUUCAGAGGACCCAGGUGACCUGUCACCUCUAGGCAGGACGAAAUACUCGCUUCCACUAACGGAUUAUAGGCAGAAACGUAACGCCAAUGGUGGUGGCGGUAAUGGUUCUGGUGCUCACAGUGAGAACAACUUCGUACCCUCUCUUCUGCAGCGUACCGUCAAUGGCGGGAAUCCCAUGCUGACGGAAACUUCCCUGCAGCCAGGUGUUCGUUCUUCUGUGGUGCCAGGUUUUCGGUCAUCAUUGCCGCUGACCCCGAGUGUGGCAACGUCGCAAAGAAUUGCCGUUCACUAA